AUGGAAGUGAAGGGCCCUAUAAAAGGAGAAAGAAGAGAAGAGAAGAAGCAUACCUUUCUCGGCCUUUUGGCUAAGAUCAAGUGUAGGGGAGGGCCCGCCACAGUAGCUUGCUAUUGGGGCUCUCUUGCGUCGCCCAAGCGUUGCACUAUUGCAUGGGCCUGGCGCACCCCACCAAAUCUACUUGCGAUUGACAAAGGUAUUAGGAACCUUGUGAUUGAGAUGGAUUACGCUGCAGCUGUCUCCUUAUCCAAAACUGAUUGGUAA